AUGGGCAAGAAGGGGAAACGAAUGAGUCGAAAAGGAAAACAGCGUAAGUUCUACGCUAAACAACAGGAUUGGCCUACAUUUGGUCAUUCAUCCGAGAGCGAAAUGUCAAGUAAUGAAGACGCCUCUGCCUAUUCAGCUCGGAACAUAAACUGUGCAGCAUGUCUUAAUCUCGGACAAUCCUCUAUUCUUUCGAAAGUCCGAAAAUCAGUGCUCAAAAUUUCCGUUUCGUUUUCCCUUUCCCGAUGCUUUUUAUUUCCAUGUGACAAACCAAACGUGACGGAAAUUAUGGAUAUGCUGAGAACAUCAAGGCCAACUAUGGAAACUAUCCAACGAAGUUUCCAGCUUUUCAAUGUCCUCGUGGAUAAUUACGAUCCCCCAGUUAACGAAAUCCUUCGUGAAGGAUUGGAUGUGAUUUUGGUUGAGGGAAUGCAGUUCAAGAAUGUUUUGAUCCAGUACUACGCUACACAUGCUUUGUUGGUACUUGUAAAAUACAUGACAGAAGAACAAUUGAAAAUUUUGAUACCACGAGGAUUAAAAGAAGGAAUCAAAGCUGUUCUGGACCGUGAUGUUUUUUUGGUCGUCCAGGAGGGUAUUGAAGCGUGUUCACAAAUAGCAAUCAAGAGUUCUAAUCUGCGCGAUGAUGUUGCUAAUUGGGGUUCUUUACGUGUAUCGGAAUUGCUAGCACGGCAUCACUCUGAGAUAUCGCUUGAAUUCACGAACUCAGUUACAUCCUUUCUACAAGACUUGUGCUACCAUAAACCCAUUCCGGAAUUUGUUCUAGAAUGUCUUGCAAGCAGUGCUCGUUUUCUUUUGCAACAUGAGGACGGGAAAACCCGUGCAGCUGUUUUGAACAUUGUGAUUGAAGUCACUCGUAACAAAGAUUUUGUUAUCACAUUUGAACAUAGCUAUGUGAGAAAUAUUCUUCAAUUUUUGGACAGCGUAAUUGAAAUUGAAGCCGCAUCGGCAUUUUUCAUCGUUGGGUACUUUGUAAAACAGCAUAGCAGCAACACUAGUGCCGUUCUUCAAAUGGGACUGAUUAAGAAGAUCGUGCCCUUUCUCGCUCGUCAUUCAGCUCCAGAGAUCGGUUUUGAAGCUUGUUCAAUUCUUCGAAAUCUUCUGUCCAAAAAAAAAUACAUAAAAUACGUGGGAUCCAUGGUGGACUCUGGACUUGUGCUGCUGCUUCUUAAGCUCCUGGAUGACGGUACCCCAAUUUACAAAGAUGUGGCUUGUAUCACGUUACGUUCGUUGAAUGAGAUGUGGAAGCCCAGAUACGCAAUUAAGCUGGCUGAUGCGAAACACAUCAGGAUAAUGUGUAACAUCCUCAAGAGUUCAAACACCGAACAUGUUGCGUGCGUUGUUGUCUUAAUACAUUCUGCUUUGAAAGCAUGCUAUGCUUUAAAAGCUUACUGUGAACUGAAGCAGGCAAAGGACUUAAUCAAAGAGUUGGAAGCUUAUGAGUGUAUCGCAGAAUUUGUCGACAGUACUCGUGAAGACAUUUCGUUAAAUUAUUUGGCUAAUGAACUGUACGCUCUUUAUCUAAAUGACGUAAAAGUAGAUUUUGAUGAGGAGAAUAAUGCAAAAAUUGAAGAAGCAUAG